AAAUCGAAAUUACAUAUAUUAUCUCUGUCAAGUGUUCAAAGGAAGACGGCGAAAAGAGAUUUUGGGAAGAAAUGGAUGUGGCGGAGGAGACGAGGCUUCGCCACAAACGAGAUUUCAUCCAGUUCCUCGAAAACAUCUACAUGGAUGAAAUCAAGGCUUUGGUACAGAACAAGCGCCACCGUCUCAUUGUAAAUGUAUCUGACAUUCACACUCACUUCCGCGAAUCUGAAUCUUCCUCUAGGAUACUGAAGAAUCCAAUUGAGUAUAUGCUGUCCUUUUGUGACGCAGCCACUGAAGCUACCCGCAACAUUGAUCCAAAGUACUUGAAAGAAGGAGAGCAAGUCCUUGUUGGCUUCGAAGGUCAUUUCGUCUCUCGCCGUGUCACUCCUAGAGAGCUCCUCUCUGAGUUUAUUGGAUCUUUGGUCUGUGUUGAGGGCAUUGUCACUAAAUGCUCUCUCGUGAGGCCAAAGGUUGUUAAAAGCGUACACUUUUGUCCUUCUACCGGUGAAUUUACCAAUCGAGAGUAUCGAGACAUAACGUCCCACGCUGGUUUGCCCACUGGCUCUGUCUAUCCUACAAGGGAUGAUAAUGGCAACUUGUUGGUUACUGAGUAUGGGCUGUGUAAAUACAAAGAUCACCAGACCUUGUCAAUUCAAGAAGUUCCUGAAAACGCUGCUCCUGGUCAGCUUCCACGGAGCGUGGAUGUCAUAGCUGAGGAUGACUUGGUUGACUUGUGUAAGCCAGGAGAUAGAGUGGCUGUUGUUGGGAUUUACAAAGCUCUUCCAGGCAAAAGCAAGGGUAGCGUUAAUGGAGUCUUUAGGACUAUCCUCAUAGCCAAUAACAUCUCUCUGCUUAACAAAGAGGCAAAUGCACCUAUCUACACCCAGCGAGACUUGCAGGAGAUUAAAAAGAUUGCAGCAAGAGAUGAUGCAUUUGAUCUUCUUUCUCGUUCUUUAGCACCUUCUAUUUAUGGGCACGCUUGGAUAAAGAAAGCAGUUAUACUACUGAUGCUUGGCGGUAUGGAAAAGAACCUCAAGAACGGAACCCACUUAAGAGGGGACAUCAACAUGAUGAUGGUUGGUGAUCCAUCUGUUGCCAAAUCUCAACUUCUGAGAGCAAUAAUGAAUAUUGCACCAUUGGCGAUAUCAACUACAGGCCGUGGUUCCUCCGGUGUUGGGUUAACUGCUGCUGUUACGUCUGACCAAGAAACAGGGGAACGAAGACUAGAAGCUGGUGCAAUGGUCCUGGCUGAUAAAGGUAUUGUGUGCAUUGACGAGUUUGAUAAGAUGAACGAUCAGGACCGAGUUGCUAUACACGAAGUGAUGGAGCAACAGACUGUAACAAUCGCCAAAGCCGGUAUCCAUGCAUCACUAAAUGCUAGGUGCAGCGUGGUUGCAGCAGCAAAUCCCAUAUAUGGAACCUAUGACAGAUCAUUAACGCCAACAAAGAACAUUGGGCUUCCAGACUCAUUGCUUUCUCGUUUUGAUCUGCUGUUUAUUGUGUUGGAUCAAAUGGAUGCUGGUAUUGAUAGCAUGAUCUCGGAACACGUCUUGCGCAUGCAUCGUUACCAAAAUGAUAGAGGUGAAGCAGGACCAGAUGGGAACUUACCGUACGGGAGAGAGGACGGUGGUGAAAGUGAAGUGUUUGUUAAGUAUAACAGAAUGCUGCAUGGGAAGAAGAAGAAAAGAGGCCAAACAAACGAGAAAACUCUUACGAUAAAGUUCCUAAAGAAGUACAUUCACUAUGCCAAGCAUCGAAUUCAACCAGAGCUCACUGAUGAAGUGAGACACUGAACUUAAACACAACUCUAAAAGUAUGACAUUACAAGGUUACUAAUAGUAGAUGCAAACACAACUCUAAAAGUAUGACAUUACAAAAAGAUACUUUGGUCUCUCAAAAGUUUCUCUUCUCCCACUACAUUACUUUUGAGUUAUAA